AAAUUAGACUUGGGAAGUCCCGCCACUGGCUGAUAGCGUCGCCUAGGUGCAAACCAGAAUUGCAGUUGAGGAGCGAAGGGAAAUGGAGAGGGAGCAGUUGCUGAGCAUGGGUUUUCCUGACGAUUUGGCCUCCCAAGCUCUCGCUGCCACAGGUGGCAAAUCGAUCCUCAAAGCCACCGAAUGGAUUCUCGGCCGCAACAAAUCCGAUUCUCAAACCCCUGACGAAAACCCCAAUUCAUCCCCGUCCCCAUCCCCAUUCCAGCCCAAGCUCGAUCGCUUCUUUCACUUUCAAUCCAAGCCCUCCAAUCCCCCCCAAAUCCAAAAACAACACUGCGACACGCCCUCAUUGCCCAGUCCCCCCUCCAAACGACUCCGUUUAGAGGCAGAAAACAGUCCCCACCAGCCCUUAUCUGAGCGAAUGCGACCUCGUACUGUGGACGAUGUGGUGGGCCAAGACCAUCUUCUCUCUCACAAAUCCCUGCUUCGCUCAGCCAUCGAUUCCAAUCGUCUUCCUUCUAUAAUCCUAUGGGGCCCACCGGGCACCGGCAAGACCUCCAUUGCCAAGGCCAUUGUCAAUUCCUCCUCCCAGCCUUCCUCCUAUCGAUUUGUUUCCUUAUCGGCUGUCACUGCUGGUGUCAAGGACGUGAGGGACGUCGUGGAGGAGGCUAGAAAGAUUAAAGUGUCAAAGAACAUGAACAGCAAGAGAACAUUGUUGUUUGUGGAUGAGGUUCAUCGUUUCAACAAGUCUCAACAAGACUCUUUUUUGCCUGUAAUUGAAGAUGGGAGCAUCGUGUUUAUUGGAGCUACAACCGAGAAUCCAUCAUUCCAUUUGAUAACGCCCUUGUUGUCUCGUUGUCGAGUUCUCACCCUCAACCCUUUACAGCCUAGUCAUGUUGCUAGCCUGCUUAAUCGAGCUGUUGCUGACACGGGCAGGGGAUUGGCUUGGAGCGUGGGUGGGGCGAGUAUUGAAGUCAGCGAUGAGGCCAUUGAUUUUUUGUCCUCACAUUGUGAUGGCGAUGCUCGUGUGGCAUUAAACGCCUUGGAAAUUUCUGCUGUCACUGCAGCUGCUCGAGUACCCAUUAAGCAAUCAGUCUGCAGAGUUGAAGAAGAAGAGCAUGGAGAGAGUUUAGUGGAAAAUAAUGGGGUUGGUUCAUCCCAAGUGACCACUGUCACUUUGGUUGAUGCCAAGGAGGCGCUGCAAUCUAAGCAUCUUGCUUAUGACAAAGCAGGGGAAGAACACUACAAUCUCAUCAGUGCCCUCCACAAAUCGAUGAGGGGUAGUGAUGCGGAUGCCUCAAUUUAUUGGCUGGCAAGAAUGUUAGAAGGAGGUGAAGAACCUUUGUAUAUUGCCAGGAGACUCGUCAGGUUUGCAAGUGAGGAUGUUGGAUUGGCUGACCCCAAUGCCCUUGUGCAGGCUGUUGCUUGCUACCAAGCUUGCCAUUUUUUGGGCAUGCCUGAGUGCAAUGUGAAUCUUGCACAAUGUGUGGCUUACUUGGCUUUGGCUCCCAAAUCUGUUUCUGUGUAUCGAGCCAUCUUGGCUGCACAGGAGGUAGUGAGGGAAUCUGUUGGACAGAAUGAGGGAGUGCCUCUUCAUCUCAGGAAUGCACCCACUAAACUAAUGAAAGAACUUGGAUACGGGAAGGGCUAUAUCUACCCACCUGACAAUCCUUUCUCUUCUACACAGAACUAUCUACCACCAUCACUUCAAGGUUACAAGUUUCUCAAUUGAACAAAUAAUGGUAGGGGUGAUGGAUGAGAAAGUCUUCUGACUGCAGUUGGGAGUGUUUGGUGCUUAGUGAGUAGGCAUUCUUCCCUGUUUGUUAUCUCCUCCUUGGGUGUUUUACUGUGAAAAAUAUGAUCCUUUUUGUCUAUAGUUGUACCAUUUUGUAGAGAGGGGAUAAAAUAUGACCCUUUUUAUCUCCUCCUUCUUGGCUGCUUCUUCUAGUGAGUACUCUUAAACUAUACAUGGAGAAAGGUUCAAUUUUGGCUUC